GCGCCGCCUUCUCGGUCGGUUUCGGCGUCGCCUUCGCGCGUGCGCGCGGCGUCACGUGGUGCUGGCGAUGGCGGCUCCGGAGGAGCGCGGGGCGGGGGGCGCCGCCGAGGAGGCGUUCCUCACCUUCUACAGCGAGGUAAAACAAAUCGAAAAACGAGACUCUGUUUUAACAUCAAAAAACCAAAUUGACAGGCUGACCCGACCUGGAUCUUCUUAUUUCAACUUGAAUCCUUUUGAGGUUCUGCAGAUGGAUCCUGAAGCCACAGAUGAAGAAAUAAAGAAAAGGUUCCGACAGCUGUCAAUAUUGGUACAUCCAGACAAAAAUCAAGAUGAUGCAGAUAGAGCUCAGAAGGCAUUUGAAGCUGUAGAUAAAGCAUACAAGUUGCUGCUAGAUCAGGAGCAAAAGAAGAGGGCCUUGGAUGUGAUACAGGCAGGAAAAGAAUAUGUGGAACAUACUGUGAAAGAAAAAAAGAAGCAAUUGAAGAAGGAUGGAAAACCUCCCAAUGUAGAAGAAGAUGAUCCUGAAGUUUUCAAACAGGCUGUAUACAAACAGACAAUGAAGCUCUUUGCUGAACUGGAAAUUAAGAGGAAAGAAAGAGAAGCUAAAGAAAUGCAUGAAAGGAAACGACAAAGAGAAGAAGAAAUUGAAGCACAGGAGAAGGCUAAACGAGAACGAGAGUGGCAGAAGAACUUUGAGGAAAGUCGGGAUGGUCGUGUGGACAGCUGGAGAAAUUUCCAGGCAAAUACAAAGGGCAAGAAAGAAAAGAAGAACAGGACCUUCCUGAGACCUCCUAAAGUAAAAAUGGAGCAGCGCGAAUGAUCUUGGCAGCACUGCCAAAGAGCAGCUCCCCAGUCCCCUCCCUGCUUUUAAGGACUCAUUGGCACCUAGAGUAAGAAUUGCUUUUUAGUAGACUGUUUGUUUCCAGUUCAAUUAAUUAUUGGUCAAAGUAUUUUUUUGUACUCAGUCCAUUUGAACUAGGGCCAUAGUAUGAACCCAGCCAGGAACCCGCUAAAUGUAGAAUAUGUGGCUUAGGAGGGUCCUCCCAUUAUUGCUGUCCUGUCUGUCUGCUGCCCUGUAACUCGAUGUUUUGUACUUUACAGAGAUUGUGCUGUUUCACUAUAUUCGUUUCUAGUUUGAGAGCUGAACAAAAUAUCAGAAAUGCAUCUGUAUCUGUUCAGGCAUCAUCUUUCUCAGCAAGUUCAGCUUCAGGAAGGUCUGAGCUGACUCUGGAGAUCCGCUUCCAUUACUGUUCAGUGCAGCUGCUGCAGUUAAGAGACCUGCAGCUCCUCUCUGCACUGCAUGGUGCUUGGAAGGACUCUUCUCCCAAGAUCUGAUUUCCAUUCUGAAAUCCCAGCUCUCAAGCUUACACUUCUGUUAAUCUCAGACCAGCUGGUCACUUUCUGUAAAGAUAAAAUAACGUCUCAAAUAAUAGUUAAGUUGCAAUGGUCUGUAUGUAAAAUAAAUUUUUACCCAAGUUA